UCAAAUCCCAGCCAGCAUGACGAUGACACAGAACUACCGCAUGUGCCUCACCGAAGCCCGGAAGCGCAACGUGUACAUUGUCGCCCGCCUCCUCAACGACAGCGCGUCCAAGAGCAAGCUGCCAGCAACCAAGCUCUCGGCCAAGCUGCCUCUGGUCGCGUACAAGAUGGAGCACCGCAUCAACGAAGUCGCGCGCGGCCGCGUCCUCGACGAAAAGACCAUCAAGGUCCUCCUCUUGCACUUGAUCCAGCAAGCCCACCGCCGCCGGCGCCAGCAGCACCAGCUCCAGCAGCAAUUCACGCAGCAACAGCAGCAGCAGCAAGUACCGCAAACCCGGAGCACGUCGGCAGCGGUCGUGGCGGCCGCCGUCUGAGCUCGCCACCGCGCGUAUUUAUUUGACUGUUUCAAAAUCGCGACCCAGAGGAAGGUCCAAACUGCAACGCGUGUCUCGUCGGCCACUAAAAUACAUUCACGCGACUUAAUUCAAUAGCAAUACUACUAGUUCAUA